AUGGCCGACGCUUCGGAGCUUCCGCCGGAUAUCAACAGAGGCCCAGAGAUCCUCGCAACCUGCGGGAGCCUGGUGGGUAUCUCGGUGGUUAUUGUCAUGAUGAGGAUGUAUGUGAGGGCGAGGAUCGUUCGACUUGUUGGCUGGGAUGAUUGGUGUAUCGUCGCCGCCACGGUCGUUAUCUUCGCCGAGAUGAUGGUGAUCCUCCCUGAAGUCGAGUACGGAGGAGGACGACACAUCCAGUACAUCGAACCCAAGGAAAAUGUUGUCAUCGGGCUGCAUUAUAACUUUGUCACACAGCCUCUGUGCCUGAUUGCUCUUUGUCUAGCUAAAGUCAGCGUUGGGCUGUUUCUGCUGAGGGUAAGCCCUUCGACGCGGAUGCGGUACUUUAUCAUGGGUACCAUCGUCUUCACGAUUCUCUCCGCGACAGGGAACUUUUUGACUGUGUUCUUUCAGUGUCGGCCGCUGGCUUACGCGUGGGAUACCUCGAUCGAGGGUGGCGAAUGCAUCCCACCAGCAAACCUGAAGUUUGCUGCCUUCUUCAACUCGGGUGUCUCGGUAUUCACAGAUCUACUCUUCGCCUUGUUGCCAAUCCCAAUGUUGUGGACGGUCCAACUCAACUGGAAAGUCAAAUCCGCAGUUAUUGGAGUCUUGUCGCUGGGAAUCUUCGCCACCGUCGCCGCCGUCAUCAAGAUCUCUUUCCUGCCCAAUUACGGCAAACACGGCGACUUCCUCUUCGAUAGUUCCGACAUCACGAUCUGGACAACGGUCGAAAUCUGCACAGCCAUCAUCGCCGCCUCGAUUCCUUGUCUCAAGCCCCUAUUCAGAGCCAUCCUCGCAGGGUCCUCAGCGAAGUACACCUCAAAGUAUAACAACCACGAUGGCUACGUACGAAACAAUGGGACGAACCGAACUGGUGCUACUGGCGAUCCCCAGGAGAAUAUUGAAAUGUUCUCAAGGUCGAGACGAAACACGACUGCUGUCAGGUCGGGAUUCAAUCGAUCCAAGAUGGACUCUGAAGAGAGCAUCGUGGGGAGGCAGGGAAGUGUACCCCCGGACGGCAUCACCAAGACAACGCAUGUUUCAGUGUCUGUCGACGAUGGGCAGCAGAGAAGUCCCAAAGAUCUAGUGUAG